GCUCGGUUCUUUGCACGUAGAGUACGAUUUUCCUUGCUUAUUUUCGUUCGUUGAAAUAAAAUAGAAAUCAAAUUUUCCACAAUUAAGUGCAUUUUAUUUAAAAAAAACCCAUUAAAAAUAAAUGUAGUAAAGUGCAAUACAACAAAAGCAAAUGGAAUAUAUGGAAAAAAAUGAAUUAAUGAGACCAUCAAGCCAGCCAGCCAGAGCCAGAGGGUACAACGAAACAAAAUAACUCUCGAGUGGUUGAAUAGUUUUGUUCACGGUGUUGUUGUGUAGAUGUUAAACGAAAAAAGAAAAAAAAAAUAUACAGCCGCGAUUAGAGUUUAAAAAGAAGAAAAUAACCAAAACGAAAAAUAGCAGAAAAGUGUAAAAAAAGUGAAUGCAACAAGGAGAAAAGUAAUAUUAUUUACAAAACCAAGAAAAAAUAUAUAUAAUGGAGAAAAUUUCGAAUGGAAAGUUUUUCAAUGGAUAUGCCAAAAAUUGUAAUGAUUUUGAAGGCAGCAGCAACGACAACAAAUGAAAUGUGAAAUAUGGUGGUACCUAGCUUAAAUUUACCAAAGGAAAAGGAAAUAAAAAAAGAAGAAAAAAAUACAAAACUACAAAAUAAACCGCAAUAACAACAAAGAAUAAAUAAAAAUAUCCUAAAUAUUUAAUCGACCAAAAAUAAAAAAAAACUUCCGACCGCAUAAAUGUCACAAUAACAACAACAAUAACCUACAAAGGAUUUAUAGUUUCAUUUGGAAACAAUGGUUUCACAUGCCAAGGCAAUUAACGAAAUGAAAGCAAAAGUAGAAUUUAUUUAAUUUGUUACAAUAAAAAUUUACACACACACAAAUACCCAAACAUAUCACAGUAGCAGUAUCAAACGAGAAAGGAGGACAUUUUAACGACGAUAAAAUAACCACUGCACACAACAACUACAGCAAAGAGUAUAUCUUCCCAUAAUAAAUAUAUUUACAAAUACUAAACCAAAUGUAAUUGUUUUCUUCGAAUCAAAGAAAAGGAAAAGAAACAAUAAAAGACAACAGCAGAAAAAAACCUACAUCACCAUCAUCUUCAUCUUCAAAUCCAAACAGCAUAAUAUAGCUAAGCGAUACGGCAUAAACUAUUGCUGCCGCCUCUAUAUUUACAAACAUAUAACAACUAAUGGAUCCAUAUCAUCAUAUACGUCAACAUUAUCAACCACCCUCUAGGCCAGAAUUGCAUCAAAAAUGCAAUCGUGGUUCACAUUCAAGUGAUACAAGUUCAGCAUACAGUGGCAGUGAUACCAUGGCAUCCGUUUACGGUUCAUCACUGGAUGGUGAGGAGAUUGAUUUCUCCGGUUUGGUGGAGUCCACCGUCGAUUCCGAUGAAGAAGAUUUGGCCGAAUCUAUGGACAGCCUCAAUGUCCGUGAUGCUGUUCGCGAUUGUUUGGAAAAAGAUCCCUCUGAACGGACGGAAGAAGAUGUUGAAAUUCUACUCGAAUUCACACAGGGCCUCAAGGCCUUUACAAACAUUACACUGGCCGUGCGCCGAGCCCUGUGUUCGGUGAUGGUCUUUGCUGUGGUCGAUAAAGCCGGCACUGUCGUUAUGUCUGAUGGUGAAGAGUUGGAUUCAUGGUCAGUACUCAUCAAUGGUGUGGUGGAAAUUGAACAUGCCAAUGGCGAACGUGAGGAGCUCCAGGUGGGCGAUUCCUUUGGCAUUUUGCCCACAAUGGAUAAACUCUAUCACAAGGGCGUGAUGCGCACGAAAUGUGAUGAUUGUCAGUUUGUGUGUAUCACUCAAACGGAUUACUAUCGGAUACAGCAUCAGGGAGAGGAGAAUACACGGCGACAUGAGGAUGAAGAUGGUCGUGUCGUUAUGGUCACAGAGUUGCGGCAAAUUGGUAGCAAUGAUGGUACGGCAGCAGGUGGUGGUGGCCAGGGUUCGGGGGCAAAUGCCAAGCGAGGCCAUGUGGUGAUCAGAGGCACCCCUGAACGUUUGCUGCAACAGUUGGUGGAGGAGAAUUCCAUGACGGAUCCUUUCUAUGUGGAAGAUUUCCUCUUGACCCAUCGGAUUUUUAUUAAAAAUUCUCAAGAAGUUACCCAAAAGUUGCUGAAUUGGUUUGAGGCCGAUGUAAAUGGCAUGGAGUCAGCACCGAAAUUUGCCAGUCAUGCCACAGCCCAGGAGAUAAGGGAUCGUGUUACCCGUGUCGUUUUGCUUUGGGUCAACAAUCAUUUCACGGACUUUGAAGCCGACCAUGAAAUGAUGGAAUUUUUGGAGAUUUUCGAAGCCGGUUUAGAGAGGAAAAAGUUGUUGAGCCAACUGCGUUUGCUACACAUUGCCUGUGCGGCCAAGGCCCGUAAUCGUUCUUGCACCUUAACGCGAUCCUCGCGUGAUGAAUCGCUGAAUUUCAAAAUCAUUGGAGGCUAUGAAAUGCGUGGAGCUUGUGUGGCCACAGGCGGCUGUGGCAUUUAUAUCUCGCAUGUGGAAAAGGAUUCCAAGGCCCAGGAGGCGGGUCUCAAACGUGGCGAUCAGAUACAUGAAGUGAAUGGUCAAAGUUUUGAACAUGUGACCAGUAAACGGGCCCUGGAAAUUCUAAUGGGCUCCACCCAUUUGAGUAUAACUGUAAAAAGUAAUCUGCUAGGUUUCAAAGAAAUGAUGCAGGCUGUGGAGCUGACGGCCAGUGGUGGCAUGAACUCGGCCAACGGGAAUAUGGCAGCAUUGGGUUCGAAAUCAUUGCGUUCUCCUCGAAGGAUAUGUGCCAAUGAUGUGGCCAAGCUACAUGGAAGGGCCGAUUCGACAAGCGAUGACAUGACCGCAGCGGCAAAUAGGGCGCACAUAGUUCGCCUCAGUUCGGUGGAUAUGUUGCUGCAUUCGACGGCAGGUGAAGAUCAAACGGAUAGAGGAUUACCCAGCCCUGGUACCCCGGUACAGAGUUCCGGCAACAUGGCCUCAAAUUUCAUGAACAAUUUAUUGCAGUCAGUCAAUGCCUCCGGGAAGAAAGAUCCCAAUGCCAUGCAGGGUAAUGGUGGUGGUGGCGGUGGUGGCGAUUCCAAGGGUGGAGGUUUUAUGACCUUGGCCCCUAAGAGGAGGUUGCAAAAGGCCUUGGCCAAAAUGAAUUUAUUGCACAAAAAUGUUACCGGGCUGCAGGCCUCAAACUUAAAUGAUUCCAGCGAUGCAUUGCUAAAUGUGGCCUGUUCGGAGAAACACAAAUCGGGAUCUCUCAGCAGUGCUUCCUCAUCAUCUGGACCCAAUGGAGGCGGUGGUGGCAGACUUUAUCAGUCUCAAUCGAAUCCCGAUUUAACCUCCCUGCAAUAUGAAGAUAAUUCGACAACAUCGACACUAAAUCCAGGCAGUUAUCUCUCUGCCUCGGUCCAUAGGCCAUCGGCUGUAUCCACCACGGGAAGUCUGGUGCCAGACUAUCCAGAACAUGUCCUCAAGGUGUUCAAGGCAGAUCAAACCUGUAAAUAUUUGCUAAUCAACAAAGAGACCACAGCCCAUGAAGUGGUUAUGUUGGCUCUGCAGGAAUUCGGCAUACACGAUCCCAGUUCAAACUUUUCGCUGUGUGAGGUCAGUGUGGGAGAGGGUGGCAUGGUGAAACAAAGGCGCCUGCCCGAUCAAUUGCAAAAUUUGGCGGAACGCAUUGGAUUCGCCUCACGUUAUUAUUUGAAAACAAAUGGCAUAUCCGAAACCCUGGUGCCCGACGAAUUGGCGCUGGAAUUGGUACGGGAGUCUAAUGUGCACUUCCUUCAACUCAAUGCCUAUGAAUUGGCCAUACAACUGACCCUACAGGAUUUCUCCACCUUCCGGCAAAUUGAAUCCACCGAAUAUGUUGAUGAUCUUUUCAAUUUGAAAACCAAAUACGGCGUGCCGAUGUUGAGUAAAUUUUCCGAAUUGGUUAAUCGGGAAAUGUUUUGGGUGGUCACGGAAAUUUGCAGUGAACACAACAUUGUGCGGCGCAUGAAAAUUGUCAAACAAUUCAUCAAAAUUGCCCGCCACUGUAAGGAGUGUCGAAAUUUCAAUUCAAUGUUUGCCAUUAUCUCCGGCCUGGGCCAUGCUGCCGUCUAUCGCCUGAGGCAAACUUGGGAGAAAUUGCCUUCGAAGUAUCAACGAUUGUUUUCGGAUUUACAAGAUCUCAUGGAUCCCUCAAGGAAUAUGUCCAAAUACCGGCAAUUGGUUUCAUCGGAAUUGCUCAAUCAACAUCCCAUCAUUCCAUUUUAUCCGAUUGUACGCAAGGAUCUGACAUUUAUCCAUUUGGGUAAUGAUACCAUCAUAGAAGAUCUCAUCAAUUUUGAAAAGUUACGUAUGAUUGCCAAGGAAGUGCGGUUGCUUUCGCACAUGUGCUCAUCGCCCUAUGAUCUGUUGGCCAUUUUGGAAUUGAAGGGACAAUCACCAUCGAAUGCCAUGUUUUCGUUGAAUCAAAUGUCUACAUCCCAGGGUGGCAGCAAUCAGGGACCCACAUUGAUUGCAGCCAAUGCUGGGAAUGCCACCAUAAAACGGAGGAAGAAAUCCACCGCAGCCCCAAAUCCCAAGAAAAUGUUCGAAGAGGCUCAAAUGGUGCGGCGUGUGAAGGCCUAUUUGAAUAAUUUGAAAAUCAUCAAUGAUGAAGAUAUUCUCCAUAAAUUCUCACUGGAAUGUGAACCAGCCCAUACAUCGACCGCCUCCACUUCAUCGCAGCAUGGGGGAAACUCUUCACGUACCGGCGGAGAUCAAUUGAGUAUUUAUUCUCACACUUCGAACUCAUCGUCGGCACCAAAUUCAUCGUUGUCCUUGAGGAAGCGUCAUCCCUCGUCGCCGACCCUUUCGACAACCUCCUCUACAUCAUCGACCAGCGAUAAUCGUCGUAACAUAAAUCCGAAUUGCCCAAAAUUUGGUACCGCCUCACCACAGGCAGUGAGAAAAAUACUUUCACUCUCCGAAUCGACCAAAAUACGACCACAUCAACCAUUUCCCCGACCACCAGCUACCCUGCCCGGCAACAUACCAUUGCUGAGUAAUACCCAUCUGCAUGGUUUCAACGCAGCCGGAGUGCCAGUUGCGGCCGCCUUGGCUUCGUCCUCGACACCGACACCCAGUCCUUGCUCACAUCGACGCCUGACGCCCGGCAGUAGUAAUUCAAUGCCAGCCACCAUGAUUCCACCCCCCGUACGUUCGAUACAUGAACGUUCCCAUUCGGAUACUCCAGCACCACCGCCUCCCUUGCCUUCGGUGGAUUUAAACUUAGAAAGUAGUAGUGUUACCACAUUUCGUGAUUUACCUUUAAGGAAAUCUGUUACCUCUGGAUCGGUAUCCUCGAAUGAUAGUGGGCAUGGCUCGUAUGCUCAACACGAUACAAGUUCUUCAUCAUCUGUUUACACAGCGGCCGAUUGUCGACUGUUGCAGCAGAUUUCGAAUACGGCAGCGACACGAACUCUAAAUACUCCGUGCAAUACACGUGCAUUAUCGCCACAAUUACAUACACUACAACAACAACAGCAACAGCAGCAACAACAACAACACCUACAGCACCCAGCGACACCGCCACCACCCCAACUCAUGAAUGCACCAUUGCAACAACAGCAGCAACAACAACAUCAGCCACCAUUAACACCAACGCCACCUCCAUAUUUAAUGAGAGGACAAAACAUGCCCAUGUAUCCACCCCCGCCUCCAUCUGGCAGUGGUUUAGGCGUUGGCGUUGGUGGCGGCAGCGGUAACAUUUCACCACAUCCGCCGCCACCAACACCGCCACAACACAUGAACAGUCGACCUUUGUCACCGGUGGCCCUGCAAUCAAAUAUGCCUCCGCCAUAUGCCACAGCUGCCGCAAUGCUUCAUCACAAUCAUAGACAUUCCAAUAUGCAUGGUGCCCCCGGUUGUCCCAUGUGCCCAAUGCCACCUAUGAACCAAUAAAUGUAAUUAUUGUAUUAUUUAUUAAAUAAAAGUUUAUUGAAACAAAAAGAAUAAAAUUAUAUGCCAAAUUUUUUGAUGUUUUCGUUUAAAAAAUAUACAAAAAUCUAAGAAAAUAAAAAAACAAACUACUAUUUAAGGUUGUGUGUGUGGAUAUUAAAACAAAAAAAAAAGAAAAAAAAAAAACAACAACAAAUUGGUUUACAAUUGUGCAUCUGUAAUGUGAAAUAAAUGAAUGUGAUUCGAAUGAUAUUUUUUUGUUUCGAUGUGAAACUGGAUCAUUGCAACCAACCAACACAUGUAUAGUCUGCAGGCGGACCUUUAGCUCCAUUUACUCCUCAGACACACAGAACACAGAAGAAUGGAAAAGCGAAAUGCAAGAGAAACACAAAACAUUUAUUUGAAACAAACCAACAACAAAAAGUAACUAUAAAAACAAACAAAACUACUUAUCAAACGUUUUUUAAGCUAUACCAAUUUUUUUGUAUUAAAUAACUUUAUAUAUAUCAUAUAUUUUGGAAUUAUGUAAAAAAACAAAUGUGUAUGUAUUAAUCUUUAAUUACUAUUAUUAUUAUUAUUUAAACAAGAGAAUUUAGUAAUAAGUUUUACAAACAACAUGAAAAAAGAAAAUUCCGCCAAAUUUACACUAAACAAAAAAAUGAGAAGAGAAGAUAAAAAAACUCGAAACUGUCUGAUGCUACUAUAUAGACCACAUAUAACAAUAACAACAACUAAAAAAUUACAACAAGAACUUUAAAAAAGACUUACCAAUGUACAAUUUUUUUGUCUUCUAAUUAAUUUAAAUUAUAAAAAACAAAUAUAACUCUCGUCCUCUCUCUUUCUCUGUCUCUCACACAGCCCCAAAGCUUGUUUUGGUAACUUCACAAAACUUCUUCCUAACAAAAAUAUAUUUUGAUAAUUUUUUUAUAUAUCUAUAUAAUACCUAUAUACAAAUGAAACAAGCAAAAAGAAACAAACUCGAAUCAGGCUAACAACAAAACAAACAUACAUAUUUCUAUAUAAAAUAAGUGUUAAUUUAAGUUCAGCAAAACAAAAUUCUCACUUUUCCAUGCCUAGGCAAAAAGUGUAUUUACAUAGAAAGACAACACAUUCGUACAUACAUAAUCAUCAUACAUAGACAUUUAUAUAUAUACAUAUACAUACAAAACAAUCCAAGCCAAAAUGAAAGCAAAUACUUCCCUCUCUGCGCAAAAAAAUGCCUUCUUUUUUUGUAUAUUUUCGUUUCAUAGAGAACAAGCUAAUAAUAUACAUAUAAAUAAUUUUAAAAUAAA